GUGAGUGCGCAGCGAGCGGCGGGUGAAGCCGGUGUCGGAGCGGGAACCGCAGUGUCGCCGCCGCCCGCGGUGGGCGCCGCGCCCUGAGCGCCCGUGAUUUCGCUGCUCGCCUCCGCUGUCCUGACCGCGCUUGCUGCUCGCUCGGUCGCGAUGGAGGCGCCGCCCGCGGCCGGCGUUGCCACCGAGGGCGCUCCGGCGGCGGCCGGGGCAGAGGUGCGCUGCCCGGGCCCCACGCCGCUGCGCCUGCUCGAGUGGAAGGUGGCGGCGGGCGCGGCGGUGCGCAUCGGCUCGGUGCUGGCCGUGUACGAGGCCGCUGCCUCCGCGGAGCCCGCCGCACCAGCCCCGGCUCGCACCGCCUCUGGGGGCUGCGUGCGCGCCGCGCGGACCGAGCGCAGGCUCAGGUCGGAGCGCGCCGGCGUGGUCCGUGAACUGUGUGCGCAGCCAGGCCAGGUGGUGGCCCCUGGAGCGCUUCUGAUGAGAUUGGAAGGGUGCAGCCAUCCGGUUGUCAUGAAGGGCCUGUGUGCCGAGUGUGGCCAGGACCUGACUCAGCUGCAGAGCAAAAAUGGAAAGCAGCAGGUGCCACUUUCUACGGCGACUGUUUCCAUGGUCCACAGCGUGCCAGAGUUGAUGGUGAGCUCCGAGCAAGCUGAAAAACUAGGAAGGGAAGAUCAGCAACGACUGCAUCGAAACCGAAAACUGGUCCUCAUGGUUGAUUUGGACCAGACCCUGAUCCACACGACUGAACAGCAGUGUCCCCAGAUGUCCAACAAAGGCAUCUUCCACUUCCAGCUGGGCCGGGGUGAGCCCAUGCUGCACACCCGCCUGCGGCCUCACUGCAGGGACUUUUUGGAGAAGAUCGCCAAGCUGUAUGAGUUGCAUGUUUUCACUUUUGGCAGCCGUCUCUAUGCCCACACCAUUGCAGGCUUUUUGGACCCCGAGAAGAAGCUUUUUUCUCAUCGAAUAUUGUCUAGAGAUGAAUGCAUUGACCCAUUUUCUAAAACAGGAAACCUUAGAAAUCUCUUUCCCUGUGGAGACUCAAUGGUUUGCAUUAUUGAUGACCGAGAAGAUGUCUGGAAGUUUGCUCCUAACCUUAUAACUGUGAAGAAGUACGUCUACUUCCCAGGCACAGGGGAUGUGAAUGCACCCCCUGGGUCCCGGGAACCUCAGCCGAGGAAAAAAGUCAAUCACUCUUCUAAAGGAGCGGACAUCUUGGAACAAGCUUUGUCAGUGAAGGAUCCCGAGGAAGGCCGGGCUGCUCCUGGGGUGGAGCAGAGCAAUGGCCUUGGGAAGGCCUCCCGGGAGCUCAAUGGUGGUGAGGCGGUACCAGGAGCUUUUCCCAGUAGCACCCAUGAGAAGGACACCUGGUGCCUCACCCGGGCCUCUCCUGCCAGCAGCCACGAACUGACGGAGCCUUCAGAGCCCCCAGUGUCUUGUGACUGGGAUAAUGGGUCCACCCCAGGGACCCAGCCCGCUCAGGGAGACCCUGUCCAGGGUUUGAAUUUUGACUUGUCCAGUGACAGCGAGAGCAGCGACUCAGAAGGGCAGAGGUCCUGCUCGGCUUCUGAUGCGGAGAGCGAGGAGAAAAGAAGCCAGCAGCCUGCAGACACCCAGGACAGAGCCAGAGCUGCUCAGCAGGGGGGGUCCCCUGACACAAGUGGGGGGUGCCCUACAGCGAGCCCCACGGGAGAGUCUGGGCCCAGCACCCGCCCGAAUCUGGAUACGCAGGAUGAGGGUGAACGGGACAGCCUCUGUGGCCUGGGCAAUGGCUGUGUGGACCGGAAGGAGGCUGAAACAGAGUCACAGAACAGUGAACAGUCGGGUGUCACUGCGGGCGAGUCCCUGGACCAGAGUGUGGGGGAGGAGGAGGAAGAGGACACAGACGAUGACGACCAUUUGAUACACCUCGAGGAGAUCCUAGUCCGGGUCCACACCGACUAUUACACAAAGUAUGACCGAUACCUCAGGAAGGAGCUGGAGGAAGCUCCAGAUAUACGGAAAAUUGUGCCUGAGCUCAAGAGCAAGGUGCUGGCAGAUGUAGCUGUGAUAUUCAGUGGUCUGCACCCAACAAACUUUCCUGUGGAGAAGACCCGAGAGCAUUAUCAUGCCACGGCCCUGGGAGCCAAGGUCCUCACUCAGCUGGUGCUGAACCCUGAUGCUCCUGACAGGGCCACUCACCUCAUUGCAGCCAGAGCUGGCACAGAGAAGGUGCGCCAGGCACAGGAGUGUAAGCACCUACAUGUGGUCAGCCCCGACUGGCUGUGGAGCUGCCUGGAACGCUGGGACAAGGUGGAGGAGCAGCUCUUCCCGCUCAUAGACGAUGAUGCCCGGGCACACAGGGGUAACAGCCCUGCAGCCUUCCCAGACAGACAGACUGUGCUCCCAGCAGCCUUGUUCCACCCGAUACCCAUCCAUUCCAAGGCCCAUCCUGGCCCCGAGGUUCGCAUCUAUGACUCCAACACAGGCAAGCUCAUCCGGAUGGGCACCCAGGGUCCUGCACCAGCUCCCUGUAGUGCUCCCCUUAUCCACGGGGAGCCUUCCUCCUUCAGAGCUGUUCAGCCACAUCAGCAGCAGAUGUUUGGUGAAGAGCUGCCAGAAGCUCAAGAUGGAGAGCAGCCUGGCCCUGCCAGAAGAAAGCGACAACCCAGUAUGUCAGAGACAAUGCCGCUGUACACUCUCUGUAAGGAGGACUUAGAGAGUAUGGACAAAGAGGUCGAUGACAUCCUUGGAGAAGGCAGCGAUGACAGUGACAGUGAGAAGAAGAAGCCAGAAGACCAAGAAAAUGAACAGGAGAGGGCGCCAAAGCCCAGGAAGCCCAGGGCCCCAGGGAUCCGAAGAGAGCAGCCGCUAGGCCUGUCCUCAUCUGGCGAGAGGAGCACCUCUGGCAUGCGCGGGCCCAGAGGCCACAAGAGAAAACUGAAUGAGGAAGAUGCUGCCAGCGAGUCCAGCGGAGAGUCCAGCAACGAUGACGAGGAAGGCAGUAGCUCCGAAGCCGAUGAGAUGGCCGCCGCUCUGGAGGCAGAGCUGAAUGACCUCAUGUGAAUUGGACCUGCCACCAGACCAGCCCCUGGCUUGGGUCCUUUUCCUCCAGGAAGAACACAAAAAACCGUAUAUUUUGCAGAGCUCCACAUACAGAAACACAUUAUUUUACAGAAAGAAGUGUUUGUAAGAAGUUUUACUAUAGGAAAGUCUACUUUUUUAAGCGACAGUGUUACGAGGGGUUGGUGUGCUAUGCCAAAGAGCUCAGCAGGCCUCUCGUGGCGAGAGUGGAUAUGGGCUGUCUGGUCACGUAGUGAGAGGCCUUGGGGACUUCCCUGUGAAUACAACAGCGUACAUAAUUAGUGUGAGGACUGGGGGGCCCAGGAAGACUCAGAGAUCAAUGUAGCAAAACCAUGGCAUCUUGGGACUUUUUCAGCUGACGCUAUCAGAACUUUGAAGGAUUUUUCAUUGAAAUGGCAGUGUACAUACGUGUGUACAGGACACCAAGACUCACAGGCAGGCCUGGGAGCCCCAGCCACCCUUCAGUCCCUCCGCGGAUCUGCAGAUGACCUGGUUCUGUUUGCAGCCGGUAUGGGCAGUGUGACAAGAGGGGUCUCUGCUGCCCUAAGAGCCGAUGUAAAGUUUUUGUAUAUUUCAUAUUCCACACACCGGAUUCUUCCUCCAUUUAAUAAAAUCCUUUUUGUAAGUUC